UCACAAGCAAACGAAGAGUUGCAUAAUUUAAUGAGUAGGUGACACAUUUGCGUUAAAUUCAACCCCUUCUGGUUAUCUUUUCUAGAAGCAUUCCCCCAAAGUUUCUGAAUCUCACACUCUGAACUGCUAUCCAUCCACUUUUUCUUACCUUCUUUUAACCUCACUCUCUCCCCAUCACCACAACAAUGGCGGCGUUCACCGCAACCACCGCCGUAUCUCGCCUAUUCUCUCUCUCCACCCCUAAAUCCUCUAUCUUCCGCCCCAAAACCCACCUCCUCCGCUCCACCCUUACCCCCUCAUUCUCCCUCAAAUCCUCACCCGCUCUAAAACCCCUCCGCUUUUCUACCACCACCCCUAAAAUCACUGCUGCCAUUUCCGUCGGCUCAAAACUCCCCGAAUCCACACUAUCCUACCUCGACGCCUCCGAUGAAGUCCAAACCGUCACCAUCGCUGACCUGACCGCCUCCAAGAAAGCCAUCAUCUUCGCCGUCCCCGGCGCCUUCACCCCCACCUGUUCCCAAAAACACCUCCCUGGAUUCGUCGCUAAGUCCGCCGAACUCAAAUCCAAAGGCGUCGAUACCAUAGCUUGUAUUUCCGUCAACGACGCUUUUGUGAUGAAAGCCUGGAAAGAGAAUCUGAACAUCAAUGAUGAAGUUCUUUUGUUAAGCGACGGUAAUGGUGAUUUCACUCGGGCGAUCGGCGCGGAGCUCGAUUUGAGCGAUAAGCCUGUUGGAUUAGGCGUUCGAUCGAAGAGGUAUGCAAUGUUGGUUGAAGAUGGCGUCGUUAAGGUGCUUAAUAUGGAAGAUGGCGGCGCUUUUACUUUUAGUGGCGCUGAGGAUAUGCUCAAGCUGCUCUAAGCCUCUAAUGUUUGGGAAUUAUUAGUGGUUUUCUGGAGUUCCAAAUGUGAGGUUUUUUUAAGCUUAUGUUUGUUUGUUUUUUGAGGGAAGCUUAUGUUUUCAGUUGAGGUUGAAUAAUGUUGUAUGAAACAAACCAUUGUUUCAGGUUAUUGUAAUUGGAUUCGUGUAGUUAAUAGUAAUGAGAAUGUAUUUUGUGUUGUUUA